AUGCGCUGCAGUACUCAUGUUCCAGACCAAUUUGUGGAUGAGUUUGCCAAGGCACUUAUCGGUAUGAACUAUGAACAGAUGAAGAAAAAUGACCAGGUUCACGAGUGCUCUACGCCUAGUGAGUGUGCUAGCAUUUGGUCGCAAGUCGGUGCCAAGCACUUGAGAGAGAAAUUCGUUUUCUAUCGAGCGAAGGGUCUUUAUGAAAGAUCAGCUGCUUUGGCGAAGUUGUUUAACACCCUCGUACAACACAAAGAUCGCAAGGAAACAAGAAAACAACAAGAAACAAGAGGCAUGGCCUCACUUCUGAAAAAGCAAUGGAAAAAGUUGCCACUUACAAUUUCUGAGGAAUUCCGCCGAUCGUUCUGCGCCUUCAGAAUGCUCGAUGAGAAUACGAACCGCGAUUCGUAUGAACCAGAUAAAUAG